AUGGGGGUUUAUUACGACAACAUCAACCUCACCUUCUCUUAUUACGCGACUGAAGAUGAUCUUGUUCCAUUAGCCAACUACGCUAUACAAGGAUUUCGCCAGGGUGUCGAUAAGAAGACCGACCGAAAAGAUUUUGUGGUGACGACUCGCGGGAUGGCAUGGCAAGAAAUCUCCAACAACGUGCCAGUGUUGUCGUUGUUGCCAUCCGUGUCGUCGGAUGUUGUUUUUAGGGUGGAUUUGGCAACUGCAGUCAGGUUCAGGGAGUUUAUGACGGGGACUAAAAGCAAGAGACUUGAGACAAUGGCGUGGUGUGAGGUGGAGGUUGAUCAAAUGACUGGCAAGAAAAGUAGCGACAAGGCAAUUAAGCUAAAUCAUAUGAUUAAACAUCAUCUUAGUGGCUGGCUUGUCUUUGGUCUUAUUAUUUUGCUAUUAGCUACUUUUCUAUCCCCGUGCUUGGGUUUCUUAUGCCUUGGAGCUUGCAGGGACUGUACUCCAGCUUAA